AUGGGUAGUAAAAAACAUAAAAAAAAUAGUAUUAAAAAUAUUAAAGAUUUGGAAUCAGUUGAAAAUAAUAAUACAGGGAAAAAGAACUCCCUUACUAAAAAAAUAUUGGUUAAACUAGGAAUAUUAUCUCAAAAUUCUGCCGCUGCUGAAAACACACCUCCAAAUAACAUUCCAGAAGUAAAUAAUUUCGAAAUUCUUGCAAGACAAAACCAAGAUCAAAUGAGGAGUGUUGAUUCUGCCACAAAAAUUGCAACUGCUUGGCGUUCUCAUAGGAAAUUGCGAGAACAGAAAGGAAAGAUAGUGUCUGCAAAAUCCAGAAGCGUUUUACAACAAGAAAAUAGAACAUGCUUACACUUACCUGGUAUAGAAGGUAAAACCGAGACAUGUCCGGUAUGGAGUCAAUGGUUAGAAUUUCUUGAUGAAUUGGAGAUGACACGUCUUAGAGAAUCAUCAUCAAACGAACCAUUAAGUAAUAUUCAAAAAUUUGGACAUGCAGCUGGGCGUAUUGGAAGGGGAUCAAAUUCAGUUAAAGAUCAUCUCUGGUUAAUUUUGGAUACAGAGCAUUGGUUAGAACUUUAUGAUCGUAAACAUAGAUAUGGUGCAAAUCUAAAGAUUUACCAUGAUUAUUGGCUAAAAUCCACUACUCCAGAGAAUUUUUUUGAAUGGUUGGAUAAGGGGGAAGGAAAGGAUUUAGAUCUCAAAGAAAGACCACGUGAAAAACUUGAACGUCAAAAGGUGAAAUAUCUUGGUAAAAAAGAAAGAGAAGAUUACGAGGUGACAUUUAAAGAUGGGUUAUUAAUUUAUCGGAAAAGUUGUGAGCCAGUACACACAAACCCCCCUGAAAAUUUCACUCCAUUCAGAUCAUCAUCACCUACAUUGUCCACUAAUCCCCAAGCACAAGAACUAGCAACAACACAAACAACGGAUAACAAUCAAACGUCGUCGACAUUAUUACUACAUCCAAAUCAUUCACGAGCACCAUCACCUGUACCUAGUUCUCAAGGAAGCUUCUUGGAUGAUGAAGAUGGAGCACCCGAGAAAUGGAUAUAUGUAACUGAUUGUACAGGAAAGUUUUAUGUUGGUAAAAAAAUUAAAGGUGAUUUUCACCACUCAUCUUUCCUGGCGGGUGGGGCUAUAUGUGCAGCAGGAGGAAUCAAGGUCAGAAACGGGAAGCUUCUUGAGAUCAAUCCUAAAAGUGGCCAUUACAAGCCUUCACAAAAACAUUUCGAAGCCUUAGUUGAACGAUUAAGAACCGAAGGUAUUGAUGUUGACAGUGAUGACGUGAGAGUUGUUUGUCCAAAUGAUAUAUUGGAGAGACACUUGAUGAAUAAAUUUCAGUCGAAAAGAGCUGUACUAUACGAAAAUCUAGUAAAAACCUCGGAGGAAAUACUUGCUCAACAAAAACAAGCACAGAUACGACAGAAACAAGAGUAG